UAUCAUUCCAGAGGAUUGUACCCUAACUAGCUAGCCUUUUGUUUUCUCGACUUCCAACCAUUAUAAUUACCAGUAGAAACCAGUACCAUUAUUAUAUGCCUGCCUGCUCAUGACCUGAUCCUUUCCCAUUCCCUACUACAUGAUGAAUAGAUAGGUAGAAAAACGGAUCCACUUCACUUUCUCUCUAUCUGUGGAAAGGUCUCUGAUUCCUCUGCACCGGCCCAUAAAUAUACACCAUUUCCUCUUUUUUUUUUUUUUUUUUUACUAACCUUAUAACUCUGAUGAUAUGAUCCUUCUCUUACCCUUCUUUUUUCUCAAGAAAAAUAAAUAAAAAAUAAAACUUUUUCCUUCCAACCUUCAUCCCAAAAACUUUUGCUUCCUUUGUCAAACUUCCUGCACAAUCACUUUUUUCAAAUCAAUGACUAGCUAGCUAGCCCUUGAUUUCUCUCUCUCUCUCUACAUAUAUUUUCCUCUUUCAACAACCCCAAAAGGAUCCUACUAAAAAGCCCCUUCAAUCUCCCUUAAUAUAGUUGAUCAAAUCAUGAGGCACUCAUGCUAUAAUCACUUCGUAUCAUAUACAGCACCCUUCCCUUUUGGAGUUUCAUGCAACCAAUUUCUUGCUUUCUGAAUGUUUCUUGUCUCUUACUUAUUCCUAGUACUACUGAUGCCUCCUCCUCCUCGAUCACUUCCCCGACGAACUCUCUGAUCUCCAUGAUCCCGAUCUCCUCUUUUGAUCAGUAGUUUAAGAACUUUAGUAGUGGCUCUUUGCCCAAGCCAGAUCUCCAAUCUCCACCACCUUAACUAGUUUUCAUGUUCCUCUGCUCAAAACCUACAAUGAUACCUCCAUCACCCAGCUUGCUUGACCUCUCCUUACAGAUCAGCCCUCCCUUGAUCUCAGAUUUUGAAGCGAAAAAAGAAGUCGUGAUCAUCAGCUGUGAUGAUGGACUAGGAGUAGUUCUUGCAAGAAAUAAAGCAGCACUCUACAGCGAUAGGAGCUCAGCCACCACCGACUCCGGUAGCAGUGAAAGCGAUUUAAGCCAUGAAAAUGGCUUCCUCCUCCACCCAGAUCAUCAUCAGAUGAUCAGGACUACUUAUAACAAUAAUAACAAUCUUCGUCUUUCUGAGGCUCCCAUGUUAAGCUUAGGGCUUAAAAUGGCUGAUCAUUUGAGUUCUCCCCCACUCGCAAAAGUACAGCCAAGAAACCAUCAUCAUCAUCACAAACACAACCAUCAACCUCAAAUCUACGGCCGGGAGUUCAAGAGAAAUAACGCGAGAUUGACCGGAGGUACUGUGAAAAGAAGCGUCAGAGCUCCCAGAAUGAGAUGGACUACGACCCUCCAUGCCCAUUUUGUUCACGCAGUAGAACUUCUUGGCGGCCAUGAAAGAGCAACACCGAAGUCUGUAUUAGAGUUGCUGAACGUGAAGGAUCUAACCCUAGCACACGUGAAGAGUCAUUUGCAGAUGUAUAGAACAGUGAAGAGCACUGACAAAGGAUCAGGUCAGGAGAAGACGCAUAUUGUUUUGAACCCAAGGCCAGGGUUGGACCUUCCUUCUCCUCAUCAUCAUCACAAUGCUAACAUUCUGACACUACUGCAAAAAUCCCAAAGAAUGGAGACAAGCAGUGGGAGUAGUAGCAGAUCAAGUCAUCAUGCUUUGGCAUAUUUUCAUGAUUUCGAGGCAAACGAUGCCAAGGUACUGGAUGGACACAAUAUUAAUGCAGAUAGCAGCUUGAAGGAGAUGAUGAUCUGCAGGUUGGAUGCUCAUUCUAGCAACAAUAUGCAUGAGUCACCAUCGAAUACUAAUUUGCCUAAUCUGGAGUUCACCCUUGGAAGGCCAAAUUGGCAAAUGGACUCAAAAAACUUAAUCCCCGAUCUUAAAUGUCAUAACACUACGAUCAUGAGCACAUUUACAUCAUGAUCAUGUACUUGAGAUCUUUUGUCGUACGUGAAUAUAUAAUGAAGGAGAUCUA